CUGGAGGCCGAUGUGAGCCAGCUGCAGCCGUCAACUUUUCAAGCUCUUUCUUCCGCGGACAGCACUCAGAAGGCUCCCCUGUACCGGAGCACCGGAUCUCACCACUCCGCCUGGGCUGGCUUUCCCGGCAGCAUGGAGGGUGACGUGAUGGAUAAAGUGGAGUCCACAGCGACGACGGUGUGUGACUUGGACCCCAACAGCGGGAGCAUCCCGGCUACCAAAGUGGAGAUCACCGUCUCCUGCAGAAAUCUCUUGGACAGAGACACCUUUUCCAAAUCCGACCCACUGGUGGUGUUGUACACACAGGGUGUGGAGUGCAAACAGUGGCGAGAGUUUGGGAGAACGGAAGUGAUAGACAACACGCUGAACCCAGACUUUGUCAGGAAAUACAUCCUGGACUACUUCUUUGAAGAGAAGCAGAACCUGCGCUUUGACGUGUUUGAUAUUGAUUCGAGAAGUCCCGAUUUGGCCAAGCAUCCGUCCGACUUUAACGACUUCCUGGGACAGGUCUACUGCACACUGGGAGAGAUUGUGGGCUCUCCUGCGAGUCGCCUGGAAAAGUCUCUAAGUGGAAUACCCGGGAAGAAAUGUGGGACCAUUAUCUUGUCUGCUGAGGAACUUGGCAACUGCAGAGACUACACCACCAUGCAGUUUUGUGCCAACAAGCUGGACAAGAAAGACUUCUUUGGGAAGUCAGACCCCUUCAUGGUUUUCUACAGGAGCAAUGAGGAUGGCACGUUCACCAUCUGCCACAAGACUGAAGUGGUGAAGAACACGCUGAACCCCGUGUGGCAGCCCUUCUCCAUCCCUGUGCGGGCGCUCUGCAACGGAGACUACGACAGAACAAUCAAAGUGGAAGUCUAUGACUGGGACAGAGAUGGAAGCCACGACUUCAUUGGUGAAUUCACAAGUAGCUACAAAGAGUUAUGUCGGGGUCAGAGCCAAUUAAACGUCUAUGAGGUGGCGAAUGCCAAGAAGAAGCUCAAGAAAAAGCGAUACGUCAACUCUGGGACGGUGUCCUUGAUGUCAUUCAGCGUGGAGUCAGAGCACACUUUCUUGGAUUACAUUAAAGGAGGGACGCAGAUUCACUUCACGGUGGCCAUUGAUUUCACUGCAUCAAAUGGCAAUCCGUCUCAGUCCACUUCGCUUCACUACAUGAACCCGUACCAGAUGAACGCCUACGCCAUGGCCCUGAAAGCGGUGGGCGAGAUCAUCCAGGACUAUGACAGUGAUAAGAUGUUCCCUGCUUUGGGAUUUGGUGCUAAGCUGCCCCCUGAUGGGAGGGUCUCCCAUGAGUUCCCCCUGAACGGCAACCUAGAGAACCCUUACUGCAACGGCAUGGAGGGGAUUCUGGACGCUUACCAUCAAAGCCUUAAGACGGUGCAGUUGUACGGACCCACCAACUUUGCUCCUGUUGUCAAUCAUGUGGCAAGGUACGCAGCGGCGGUGCAGGAUGGCUCUCAGUACUUUGUGCUCCUCAUCAUCACGGACGGCGUCAUUUCGGACAUGGCACAAACCAAGGAGGCCAUCGUGAACGCGGCCAAACUGCCCAUGUCAAUCAUCAUCGUUGGAGUCGGACAAGCUGAGUUUGACGCCAUGGUGGAGCUGGAUGGUGACGACAUCAGGAUUUCGUCACGCGGAAAGUUGGCUGAGAGAGACAUUGUACAGUUUGUCCCAUUCAGGGACUACAUGGACCGCACAGGCAAUCACGUCCUGAGCAUGGCCCGGCUGGCCAAGGACGUCCUGGCCGAGAUCCCCGACCAGCUCAUCUCCUACAUGAAGAGCAGAGCCAUCAAGCCCAACCUCGUCCCACCACCGCCGUAUUCGCCCGGCGACCGCUCCCAAAGCAAUGCCGUGUGAAGCCCCUCGCUCUGCUUUCUUGGGAUGGGCAAGGCCUGCUAAUGAAGAGUCAAACCAAGGACGGAUGUGACUCCUUUGUGGGACAGCUUGAAAUAUUGACAAGCUCACGACGGAGCUUUUAUUGUUUCCUGUCCAAGUCGUGAGUGAUGUCACGGAUGGCGAGGGCGGGCGUAAGUAUAUUAUUAGAAUGUGCCAUCUUGUACCAUGUUUGUGAUACCUUUUGCAAUUGAUGUGUCUAGAAAAUCAAAAUGUA